AUGAAAUUCGAUGGCUCUGAUUAACAAGGUGAGGAUUAUCUUGAUCCUACUGUUAAUACCUCUAAAUAAUUAGAAACAAAUAAUUGUUCAUAAUAAAGAACAGGUCAUUGGGAUGAUAAUGAGCAUUCGAUAUAUUUAGAAUUUUUAUAAAAUGUCAGGGGUGCUGAUGGCUCAUACAAGAAAGGAUAACCAUUAUUUAAAAAAAUGAGUGAGAUUAUAGGAACUAGAUCUCCAAGCUAAUGCAGGUAUUUUUUAAUAAAAAUCUAGAUCACAUCAUUAAAAAUUCAACCCUUAUAACUAACUAAUAAAGAAAAGCAAGAAGAAAUGCUAUAAAAAUAGAAUAAAAGUAGAAAGUAAACCAAUUUUAAGGAGUAAAUAAAUUAUGAGGAAAUAUUUUGCCAUGAUUAAAGAAACAACUGAUGAAGAAUGAC